UGAAUCCAUUUAGGCAAACUUGGGGAGGUUGGAUGCAUACUAUGGCUUAAGUGGUUGACAAAGAUUGGUGCUAUUGGCAGUACAUAGACGCAAUGAGGAUGACAAGAAAGCUACUGCUUUGAAAGAGGAAGAAAGUGAGCUGGAGGAACUGGGGUACCUUCAUUGAGCUGAGAGGGGUCUAAAAAUUGGGAUUCAUUUCUGAGCAGCUGCUGGCAUGUCAGAGGUUUGGAAUCGGCCUGGUAAAUCUAAAACUGUCUCAGCAGUGGUUAGCUGACCUCACCCAAGUUCCAAGCCUUACUCUGCUUGAUCCUUUUUUCUUGAGCCUCAGAGCUAAAAUGCUCCUGAGCUCCUUCUGAUUGGUUGAGAAGACCAAUUGAAGUUCCCUUGCCCAUGUUAGGAGGUGUACGCCUCCUGAACUAAAGAUAGAAACAGCUGGCCCUUCCAGGCAGCUAAAAGCCUCCAGACUAAGAGGUGUUUCCCACUCGGCAGCCAGACUCCUUGAAAUACCCUUUGAGUAAUUCUACCAACGUCCUCCAUGUCUCUAUUCUGCCAUAACAAAGGCUGUGGGCAGCACUUUGACCCCAAUGCAAACCUUCCUGAUUCCUGUUGCCAUCACCCUGGGGUCCCAAUCUUCCAUGAUGCACUUAAGGGUUGGUCCUGCUGCCGGAAGCGAACUGCAGAUUUCUCUGAGUUCUUAAACAUCAAGGGCUGUACUGUGGGACCACACUGUGCUGAGAAGCUCCCUGAGGCCCCUCAACCUGAGGGGCCUGCCACAAGCAGUUCACUUCAGGAACAAAAACCUCUGAAUACGAUUCCAAAGUCAGCAGAGACUUUGCGUCGGGAGAGGCCCAAGUCAGAGUUACCUCCAAAGCUGCUUCCGCUAAAUAUAUCCCAAGCCCUGGAAAUGGCAUUGGAACAGAAGGAAUUAGACCAAGAACCUGGAGCAGGACUUGACAGUAGUCUGAUCCGGAGUGGUUCCAGCUGCCAGAAUCCAGGAUGUGAUGCUGUUUACCAAAGCCCUGAGAGUGAUGCUACUCCAUGUACCUACCACCCAGGAGCACCUCGAUUCCAUGAGGGGAUGAAGUCCUGGAGCUGCUGUGGCAUCCAGACCCUGGAUUUUGGGGCAUUCCUGGCACAGCCAGGAUGCAGAGUUGGUAGGCAUGACUGGGGGAAGCAGCUGCCAGCAUCUUGCCGUCAUGAUUGGCACCAGACAGAUUCCUUAGUAGUGGUGACUGUGUAUGGCCAGAUUCCACUUCCUGCGUUCAAUUGGGUGAAGGCCAGUCAAACUGAGCUUCAUGUCCACAUUGUCUUUGAUGGUAACCGUGUGUUCCAAGCACAGAUGAAGCUCUGGGGGGAGACCAGCAACUACCCAGAAUUCCUCGAGAGGAUGAAGGUCUUGCUGGUCUACAAAGUGAUAACAUAUUUAACAUACCAUUGCAUCAGCUCCAGGAUUAAGGGAGAUUGUAUUCACCUGCUGAUGGAAUAAAGUCUCAUGUAUAGAAUGCCACGGUGCUCACCACUUCUACCCACAUUAUUUUACUUAAUCUUCACACCUGCCUUGUGAGGUAGGUAUUAUCCCAAAUUUUUAUAAAUGAGGAAAGCAACACUCAGGGAAGGAAAUUGCAUGCUUUGGAAGUAACAUAGCUACUAAUUAAAACCUCAGUCAUUGCUAAGAGCUGUCAUAGAGCCAUUUGAGAACAUCCAAAACAUAAGGACCAACUGGGGUCUGAAAAAAGAAGCCUUAGAAGAGGAACAUGACACCAUGCCCCUCUAGCCUGGCAGAGUCCCUUUGACAAGCCUAUCGAGGAAGCAGUGAGGCCUUUGAUCAGUGCUAUCUCAUGUUGAUGCAACACUUUUCCAAUGUAUUUACCAGAUUCAGUGUUACUAUUUUGGGGAUUCCUGCCUCCACUGUCCUCUUUCUCCCUUUCUGCUCACAAAGUUCCACAACAUUGCUAGCGGGAGAACCAAGCAGACCAAUAUAAAUUCAUGCUGUCCAAUUUCAACUUGGCCCUGGAAACUGCUCAGCAACCCUUUUAUUUGUCUCCUACGUUCCCUGGCACUCAUCCCACAGAGGAUCUUAACAGACCUUCCUCUUCUCAAAUUCCAGCUCCUCCUGUUCCACUCCUUUAGACUCAUAUACACACUUUCACAAGAUGCUUGACAAUUCAAUAACAUUGUUUUAAAGCUUCUUUAUAGAGAAUUUAUGACAUGUACAAAAGUAGACAGAAUAUUAUAAUGAAUCCCAAUUUACCAAACACUCAGCUUCAACUAGUAUCAACUCCAUGCACUUGUUUCAUCAUUUCCUCCUUUCCCCAUCAUUUUGAAGCAUAUCCCAGACAUGAUAUUCCAUACCUAAAGAUUUCAGUAUGUUUCUUUAAAAGGUAAGGAUCCUUUUUAAAAGAAAAAACCAUAGUUGUAAUAACAUUAGCACACAUAAAUAAGCACAAUAUUCCCUUAAUAUCAUUUAUUACCAAUCAGUAUUUAAAUUUCCAAUAGUUUCAUAAAUAUCUAAGGAAUUUUUACAGGUUUUUUAUUUGAUUCAAUAUCCAAAUAAAGUCCACACAUUGUGAUUGGUGGAUAUGUAUUAUUUGUUCAUUUUAUUUUAUCUUAUUUUAUUUUAUUUAUUUUUUAAGUAAGCUCUAUGCCCAACAUGGGGCUUGAACUCACGAUCCAGAGAUCAAUAGUUGCAUGCUCCAGCCACUGAGCCAGCCAGGCACCCCGUAUGUCACUUUUAAACUAAAGGUUCCUUUUCAUCUAUUUUUUUUCCUUACAAUUUUUUAUUGAGGAACUCAGAUCAUUUUUCAGUAGAGCUUCACACAGUCUGAGUUUUGCUGAUUGCAUCUCUGCUGUAUAGUCUAACAUAUUUCAUUGACCUCUGUUGUGUAUAUUGGCAAAAUCAAUGUCUAUACAAUGCAUCUUCUAUAUUCAUUGUCCUAUUUUCAGUAGGGUGGGGAAAUUGUCCAUGUGACCAAAGAAGCGGAAGGUGUUUGGCUUGGCAAGUGACUCAGAAAAGAGCUAGGACUCUUUAGCAGCACUGAAACAGAUGGUUGGGGUCAGAGCUCAAUAAAUAGUAACUGAGAUCCAGGCAAGAGAGGAUGAGUGAGGGGCCAUGGAGUGUCAGAUUUCCACUCUGUUGGUAUGUGGAGCAGAACAGGCAAAGAAGCAGUGAUCAGGCUGAAGUCAGAACUAGGAAAGGAGAGGUAGUACUUGAGGCAGCAGUUGGGAUUAUUUCUCAGGGGAUUACUCUACUUGCUAUAUACCCUGUUUUCUAAAUAUAACUUAUUCAUUCAUUCCCACCUCUGUGCUUUUGCCCUGGAUGUUUCCUCUGCUUAGAAUAUUACCUCCUUUCUCUCCAUGUAUCCAAAUCCUAUUUAUCUUUAAUGAACAGUGAAAGUUCUCUGUUUUCCAUAUUUUUGCUUGUAGAGUCAUAAAAUAUCUCUGAAAGUUUAAAUAAGAGAUCAAGAAUAUUGAUUGCUUUUCCAAGAAGGAGAACUGGAUGGCUAGAGGACAGGCCUGGAAGGGAGAAAGAAUUUACUGAUCUGUUGCAAGUGUGCCAGGUAAUCUGAUGAAAUUGUCUACUAUGAAUUCUGUGGAAGUAGAAGCAGGGAGAUUGAGGAGAAUGAGGAAGGUCUGAAACAGCCUCUGUGGGGAGAGUACCAGGGAAUGUAUGAAACGAAUAAAAGAGCUGCAAGGGCCAAGUUGAAAUUGGACAGCAUGAAGUUAUAUUGGUCUGCUUGGUUCUCCCUGUAGCAGUAUCCUGGGAUUUGGAGAGCAGAAAGGGAGAGAGGGGACAGUGGAAGCAGGGAUCCCAGAGACCAAAACACUGAAUCUGGUGUAACUGGGAGAUAAUUAAUUACUGAUCUGGAUGAAGUGAGAGGUAAAGUAUGUAAGGGUCCCACUGAGGUUAGAGAUGAAGAGAUCAGAGACCUAAAAGUUGUUUGGAAAAGUGUUACAUCAAUGUGAGAUAUCAUUGAUUAACCAAGGGCCUCACUGGUUCCUAGAUAGGCUUGUCAAAGGGACUGUUUUAAGCUAGAGGGGCAUGGUAUCAAGCUCCUCUUCUAGGACUCCAGUGGGGUCCUUAAGUUUUGGAUAUUCUCAAAUGGUUCUAGAACAGCUCUUCGCAAAUGACUGGGUUUUUAAGCAGGUGGAAUUCAUCACUGAAAUUGGAGCUUCUGCAAGAGGCAUGGUGGAAGGGGUAACAAAAAAUUAAAGAAACUACUCUUUAUUGAGCCUUUACUGUGAUCUAAGCACUGUAAUAAUAAUCUGUCUAUUCUUUUAUCUUUUUUGUUUCUCUGUAUAUUAUACACAUGUAUCUCAAAUGAUAAUAUAUAUUAUUUAAUUCUCACAACAGUAUAUUCAAAGCAUCAUCA